CGUGAAGAAGAAGCGCCAUAGGAGCGUUUGCUCUGUGAUCGACCAUUCACAUUUCAUAUUCACCUCCACCAACUCUCACUCUCUCUCUCGCUCUCAAAACUCAAACACCCCCUUCUCUCUCUAUAUAAACCCACAAAACCUACUUCACCAUCCGACUAGAACACUAAGCAGAGCCUCUCUGCUUUUCUAGAGAGAGAGAGAGAGAGAGAGGCGAGGAGGUGAUGGAGAAGGAGUCUGAGGCAGUGAACGAAGCAAGCCCCAUAAGGAAGCUGGCUCUGUUCUCACUUCCGAGCCAGCCACCCGAGCCUCCAGGGAUGCUGACGCCGCCGCUGCUGACUUCAGUCUCGGUUCCUUUCCAGUGGGAGGAGGCGCCGGGAAAACCCCGACACUUCGGCGGCGGAGAAGGCGGCGGAGGAACAGAGACCAAGGCCAAGUGCGCGAGAUCCUUGGAGCUGCCUCCGAGGUUGUUGGUGAGUGAGGCUAAAGUUACCAACAUGCCUUCCCCGACGACUGUGCUGGAUGGACCUGAGGUGGGCCGGACUCUGUCGUUUUCGUAUGCAUUGAGGAGCCCGAGCAAGGAGGUUAAGGGCGGCGGCGGCGGGGGGUUUGGGUCUAUGAGGUGGGCCAGGUUUCGGAAGAACAAGGAGGCCGGUGAGGGCAAUUUCGACUUUCCGCCUACCGACAGCGGUGGUGAUCGGACAAAGGUGAAGAUCACAAGGGUUAGGAGUAAGGCUAGCUUCUUCAAUGGUGCUCAUCACUCAAGGUCACACAUGUGGGCCAGCAUCUGUGAAAGCUUAAAGCAGGUGGUUCCAUGGAGACGCAGACAGGAAAAACUGAGAAAAUCUGCUACUGUUGGAUAUGAACCUCAAAAUCCAAUUCUCACUAGUUAAUCAGUUUAUGUAAAAUAUAGCAUAUAUGAAGAAAUGGUCCUAAUAGUACAAAUUACAUAUAUAAACCAAGUCUUCGUCUCUAUGUAAUGAAGCAACUACCAACAAUUUGUUUCCAUUUUCUAGUUUGAUGAAUAUUUCUA